AUGAGAGAACGCCAACCUCAUCGCGAAGACUACACCGUAGGCUGGGUCUGCGCUCUGCCGAUCGAACUAGCAGCCGCACAAGCAAUGCUAGACACCGAACACUCCAGCAUACGCCUGCAGAUCGAUGAUCCCAGCAUAUUCAUCCUAGGAAAUAUAGCCGGGCACAAUGUUGUGAUUACAUGUCUCCCAGAUGGACAAAUAGGCACCAGCUCCGCUGCGACCGUGGCAAUCCAAAUGCGCUCCGCGUUUCCGUCAAUCAGGUUCGGUCUCAUGGUGGGAAUCGGCGGGGGAGUCCCCAGUCCUGAGCAUGAUAUUCGGCUGGGAGAUGUGGUCGUUGGUCGACCGGAUAAUCAAACUGGGGGUGUAGUGCAGUAUGAUUUUGGGAAGAGCACGUCGAGUGGGUUUGUACGCACGGGGUUUUUGAAUGCGCCCCCGGUUAUCUUGUUGAAUGCAGUAGCCCUAUUACGGGCGAGGCAUUUUCUGGGGAGGGGAACGAUGACUGAGUACACGGAAAAGUUGAAGGAAAUGCCUGCUUUUACGCGCGAUAAAGAUAAAAAUCGGGAUAUCCUGUUCGAGGCGGAGUAUAACCAUGCUGGAGGUGUGACGUGUGAGAAAUGCGAUGAGGAACGAUCGAUCCAACGCGAUGAACGUGAAGGUCAUGGCAUUAUGGUGCAUUAUGGAACAAUUGCGUCAGGGAAUCAAGUACUCAAGGACGCGCAUGAACGAGACCGACUCGCAGCAGAAUUGGGAGGGGUGUUGUGCUUUGAGAUGGAGGCUGCCGGGCUGGUGAAUAAUUUCCCAUGCUUGGUAAUCCGAGGGAUUUGUGACUAUGCCGAUUCGCAUAAGAAUAAGAAUUGGCAACCUUCUGCUGCCGGGGUUGCCGCUGCUUAUGCGAAGGAGUUGUUGUCGGUUAUACCACCAGGGCAUGUGGAGAGAACGAAGCCCAUGAGGAGAAAUGCACCCAGAAAAACCUUCAUGAUUCCCUUUCAGAGGAAUGGAAAUUUCGCUGGCCGUGAUUCUAUAAUGAGUGAGCUUGAUAGAAGAUAUGAUACAGCCGCGUUUGAACGUUAUCUCGGUAUAGCUCUCGUUGGAAAUAAAGGCAUAGGUAAAACAUACAUCGCCCUAGAGUAUGCUUACCGAAGCCAACAACACAUGCCCUGGCUAUCCGUAUUCUGGAUAUACGCAAGCAGCAUCUCCCGAUACAGAAGGUCGUAUCAAGAUCUAGCUGACCGUCUUGAUCUACCCGGAAAAGACGACCCAGCAAUCGAUAUUGUGGAACUGGUAUCGGACUGGCUCACUGAUGAAGAAAAUGGGCCAUGGCUGAUGAUUCUGGACAAUGUGAAAAAUGUAGGUCUUUCCCAAGAGACGGGGCUUCCUGUUCUGCUAGAGGAUGACGUGACGGAGAAGAUUCCGAUUUUUUCGUUGUCUCCAGAAGCAAAACACGGCUCUUUGCUUGUGACGUCGCGCAAUUUGGAGGCAGCGAUGAGUAUCGUCGGUUCAGCUGAGAACAUUGUCCAUGUGCAGCAGAUGGAUGAAGGGCCGAAAAGCUUACUUGGUAAUGGGAAAGAUCUGCUGGCGAACCUUGAUCUGAACAGCCCCAAAGAUGGUCGGACACCACUAUCGUGGGCUGCAGAAGCAGGUAUUGUGCCAGUCGUGAAAUUGUUGCUUGCUACUGGUAAAGUGGACGUCGACACCAGAGACUCACAUUAUGGUCGAACGCCUCUAUCAUGGGCUGCGGGGGCUGGUCAUGCAGAAAUUGUUCAGCUCCUUCUGGAAACCAACAAAGUGGACAUCAACUCCGUCGAUUACCAAAACCGGCCGCCACUGACCUGGGCGCUCUUUAAUUCUCUAGAGCGAAUGAAACCGGUUGUCAAGCUGCUUCUAGCCACCGGCCGAGCCGACCUAAACAUCCGCGAUGAAUCAUCAGACCGCACAGCCCUUUCUUGGGUGUGUGGUGGGGGCCACCUGGAAAUCGUUAAAUGGCUGCUUGAGACCGGCAAGGCAGACGUUAACACCAUUGAGAAAUACCACGGGCGAACUCCUCUUUCCUGGGCUGCAUUUGACAGGCAUCAGGAAAUCAUGAAGGUGUUAAUCGCAACGGGACAGGCGGACCUGGAAGCAAGAGAUAGAGAAGAGGGUCGGACUGUGCUAUCUUGGGCGGCGGGCAAUGGACUUGAAGCCGGGGUGAGAGCUUUGUUAGAAACUGGAAAGGUGGAUGUCAAUUCCAAGGAUCGGAAUAGAAGGACACCGCUAUUCUGGGCUUUAAGCAAUGGGCAUCAGAAUACGGCUCUUCUUCUAGAGGAGGCUUUGAGCGGAUGA